CACACCAGGACGGUGAAGCUGAAGGCAGAAGAGUUUGAAAACGAGAUUGGACGCAUUUGCAAUACCACAGUACAGCGCUCUUGUGAAGUAAUUUCCACGUUAUGCAAUAUUCUGUAAACAGGUGGGAAACUGUGAGAUAGACGCCACAGAAGAAGAUACAUGAGUGAGGGGCUUCAUGUUGCAUUACAGAAUGGAAGGCUGUGUUAUUUCACCUUUGUCAGAAGAAUUAAUUCCGUAUGAUGCAGAUGCUCGGCCGAUAUAUGACUUCUACCCGUAUCUCAGCACUGACCCUCAGACUCAUCUUGAAAGUGGCUGGGACUACACAAGUGUUCAUGGCCAUCACAGUGAAUUUGAGCCUCCCCAAGGAAACCAUUUCACUGAGCUGCACCCCAGCACAUACCGCUUCGGAGACACGGAGGCCUUCCACCCAUCCGUAGAUUCACUUGUUCCUGUCGUUCCUCCACAGUAUACUUACGUCCCCCACCCACUGUACCAGCGGUCCCCAGUCCCCCACUGCAGUACUGAUGAUGAGGACCCCGGGGGGCGCAGUCCACCGUUCGAGGUGUCCGAGGGUGAGGAGGACAACGACAGACAUCCGGGCAUCUCCAGCUCAGGAAGCAAGCGGAAGGUGCGCCUCUAUCAGUUCCUCCUGGACCUCCUGCAGGACGGAGACAUGCGGGACUGCAUCUGGUGGGUGGACCGAGAGAGAGGCGUCUUUCAGUUCUCCUCCAAACACAAGGAGACACUCGCCGGCCGCUGGGGCCAGCAGAAGGGCAACCGCAAGAGAAUGACCUACCAGAAGAUGGCCAGGGCCCUGCGCAACUACGGCAAGACUGGAGAGGUCAAAAAGGUGAAGAAGAAGCUGACGUACCAGUUCAGCGGCGAGGUGCUGAGGAGGACGACUACGGAGAGGAGACAGUAUCAUCACUGACAUUUGCUUUAGAUCCAGGGUCUCGCACCUACAAAAUUCACAAAUUCUCUCCUGCAGCAAAACAUAUAAUCUCAGGGAUAUGUAAUAUGUAUAGUGAAGAUAGGGAUGUAAUAUCGGAGUAAAUGACAAAUGGACAAAAUACAUUUUUAAGGUUAAAGUUUCUGUAUUUGCAAAAGACUACACGCUGUAACUGAUAACUAUUUUUUUUUACCUUUAAAGUGCUUUUAUUUCACUAUUGUUACAUUUCAAUUGUCCAGUGGUGUGACAAAUUAAUUGUUAAAAUUAUAUUUCAUGUAAUCUCUGUUAAUAUAUGAAAAUUGCAUGCAUAAUAUUAAUAUGAUUUCAAUAUCAUUCUUAUA